GCGGCGCGCGACUCGUGAGCAUUCAGCCGACGCGAGAACGGGUACGGCGGUCGGCAUCGGCCCGUGUUUCGCAGUUUCGGCAAUCCGCAGCAUCGUGCGGAGGCCGUGAGUGCGUGAACGCCCGAGAAAGAGGGAGAGAGAGAGAGAGCGAGAAAGCGGGAAUCGAGGUCGAACCUGGUGGCGGAUUACAGCACAACAGUGUCCUGCCCCGUGCGAGGCGAACCCCGGUGUCAGCCAGCCGAAUCUGCGGAUCGCGCGGCAGAAGCCCCGAAGGGUCGUCGCCGACGACAUCCUUUACCACCGAGUCUCUCUGUCAUCUCUGUCUCUACCUCUGUCGUCUGUCAGUCUGUCUCUCUCUUUUUGUUUUUGCCUAACCGCCCGUCGUCUGUCUCCGUCACGUCCCGCAACACGUUCCCGUCGUCGAAAGAUGUUGGGCCUGGUUUGCCGUCAGGCGAAUCUGCUGGCGAGCACCCAAAAAGUCGGCACCAGGUGUCUGGCAUCGAUCGUGCCGGUGCCGUGCCCGCCGGAGUUCCCGUUGAAGAAUGAACCCAUUCUCGGCUACAAGAAGGGCAGCCCGGAGCGGGCGGAGUUGGAGAAGGCCUUGGACACCAUGAGCAACGAGUGCGAGGAGAUACCGUUGGUGAUCGGGAACGAGGAGAUCAAGACCGACCUGUGCAAGUAUCAAGUCAUGCCGCACAACUACGAGUGCAAGAUCGCCAAGUACCACUGGGCGACGCCGGAGCUGGUGAAGAAGGCGAUCGACGUCGCCGUGAAGGCCCAACGGGAGUGGGAGAAGACGCCGAUCGAGAAGCGGCUUGAGAUGUGGCUGAGGAUAGCGAAGCUCAUGUCGACCAAGUACCGGCAACAGCUGAACGCCGCCACCAUGCUCGGCCAGAGCAAGACCGUGAUUCAAGCGGAGAUCGACAGUGCGGCCGAGCUGAUCGACUUCUUCAAGAUGCACGCGUACUUCGCGAAGGAGAGCAUCAAAUACCAACCGAUCUCGCCGGAGCAUACCUGCAACUCGUUGAGGUACCGCGGCAUGGACGGCUUCGUCGCGGCGGUGUCGCCCUUCAACUUCACCGCCAUCGGCGGCAAUCUCAGCUACACGCCCGCUAUGAUGGGCAACGCCGUGCUGUGGAAGCCGUCCGACACAGCGUUGCUGUCCAACUGGUGGAUCUUCAAGAUCUGCCGGGAGGCGGGCGUGCCGCCCGGCGUGGUGAACUUCGUGCCCUGCGAGGGGCCGGUGUUCGGCGACACCAUCACGUCCUCGCCCUACCUGGCCGCCCUCAACUUCACCGGCUCGGUGCCGACGUUCAACCGCCUCUGGACGCAGGUCGGCCAGAACCUGAACAAGUACAGGAACUACCCGAAGAUGAUCGGCGAAUGCGGCGGCAAGAACUACCACUUCGUCCACUCGAGCGCCGACACGGAGUCGGUGGUGUACGGGACGAUCAGGAGCGCGUUCGAGUACAGCGGGCAGAAGUGCUCCGCCUGCAGCCGGAUGUACGUGCCAGAGUCACUGUGGUGCGAGGUGAAGAACGGCCUGUUGGAGUUACGGGAGAAGCUCACCGUCGGCGACGUUCGCGACUUCACUGUGUUCACCGGCGCCGUGAUCGACGCCAUCGCGUUCAAACGAAUCGUAGGCUACAUCGAGUACGCGAAGAAGUCGCCGAAGAUGGAGGUGAUCGGCGGCGGCGACUACGACGACUCGUGCGGCUAUUUCAUCCAGCCCACGAUCAUACAGACCACAGACCCGAAGGAGAAGCUCAUGGUCGAGGAGAUCUUCGGCCCAGUGCUGACGGUGUACGUCUACAAGGACUGCGACCUGGAGGAAACUAUGAAGCUGGUGGAGACGUCCACGCCGUACGCCCUGACCGGCGCGAUAUUCGCGCAAGAUGAGAAGUGGUUGAAGAAGGCGCUCGAGGACCUGAAGUACACUGCCGGCAACUUCUACGUGAACGACAAGUCCACCGGGUCGGUGGUCGGGCAGCAACCGUUCGGCGGCGGUCGGAAGUCGGGCACAAACGACAAAGCCGGUGGGCCGCACUACGCUAUCCGCUGGGCGUCCCCGCAGUCCAUCAAGGAGACCUUCGUGCCUCUGCGGGAAUACGAUUAUCCGUACAUGAGAUCGUAAACCGUCACCGUCGAUUAUCGGAGGAGACGCCGACGGCGCGGCGUCACCGUACCUCGCUGCAUUAUUCGACUCUGGCGGGGAUACGAACGCGCCGUUACUCAAGUGAGGUAUCGUACGGAAUCGCGUGCGUGCGUGCGUUCGCAAAUUUAUCGUAAAUCUAAGAAAGAAGUGAGAAUUUAUCGAGUUAAAUUACGAGUAACAGAAAAUUAGGACGUAGAUGAUGUUCGCGUUCGAACGGUUUUCCUUUCCUUUGUUUUUUUAAUUUGCACAUCGCAUAACUUGCGACUAAGAAAUCGCAGCGAGUGAAAAUUUCGGUAACGGCAACGACGUGAAAUCUCGGCGGAAACCUCACCUGAGUAAAAGCGGCCUCGGUCUCUCUCACGAGCUGCGAUGUCCUAAAUUUAUGUCCCCAUCACAUCCCGUUGGAUAACUUAAAGAGCAGAUUUUGCGAUUGCAUCGGGCGUGAUAACGGAGCGAGAAGUUGAGAAGUGUCGCUUACCGUGAGACGGCGAGGCCUUCAGUUAAUUCAGCGUUCAAUGAGAGAAGAAGAAAAGCAAGAAACGAGAGAACGAUUUCGUGUGCUUCGCGUAGGAGGAAUUCCCUCGAUAGGAAAGCAGAGAAAGAAAAGGAUAUAGAGCGCAGUGAGCUCGCGAGCGCAGCGCGAUGCACAAUAGAGACAGGACUAGAUUUUUAGAUGGGACUUGCCGGAAGGGGGUGAGGCAGGAAAAAAAGUUCUCAAGCUCGCAGGUCGCAGCAAGUAACGUUUUAGCCGCCUUCGAACGUUCCGUUGACAGCGUCUGGCGGCGAACACAUACACAUACACACACACAUACACACGCACACACACGGCGUUCCGAGAGCUGCGUCAAAAGUCACGGUGAGAGAAGAAGGAGGAAGGUCAUGGUUGUGGUCUGAGCAGAAUCGUGAAACGUGUAAAAAUGACAGCAGUUUGAAAAUGUUAUGAAACUCAUUCGGAGGACACAUAUAAACGCACGUUUAUUUCUCGGUGAUCAAAAUUCCCUCGUAGUUUCCUAUUCGUGUGUUUUAUACACUUUCAUAUUUUACUAUAUAUAUUAUUUAUUUUAUCAUUUUACUUAUAAAUUAUUUUGUUAAUAAACUAUAAGAAUACGAAAAAAUUACUGGUAUACUAUUGAGAUCUUUCGGCAUACAUAGAGAAAAAAUUUCAACAAUAGUAGAUCAGAUAAUUAUAUCUAAUCGCAUCUAAUCGUACAUAAUUAUAUAUAAUUAGUGUUAAAUAAUUAUAUAUGGACAAAUUUCAUACGUAACUUAGCAUGAUUACGUAUAAAAUAUUUUCUAACGGGAACAUUAAUUAAAGAACAAUGGUGCGAUAAUUUUUUUUCAUAUUCUCAUAGUUUAUUUCCGUAACGAGAACGUUCAGCGUUGAAUUUUUCCCUUCAUAUUACGAACUUGUGAAUAUUGUCGCGAAUAUUUACGCAUUCGCGACUGCGCUUCUGUUCCGACAGCGGGAUUUCGCUUCUCUCUCCCCGCAGUCGUACACGCACGAUCUUAACUGUUCGCCGCCAGUGUAUUACCAAAGUAUUACCGUGCAUUUCGGGGACGUGUGAUCUCUGCGCCGCGUACCGCGAUGUAUUCUCUCUCCCCCUCUCUCUUCCUUUCUCCCCCCCCCCCUAUCAACACAAUACUUUUAUAACUCAGGUAAAUGUCGCAUCAGGCGAUCGAGGAGGAACGAGGAGAGGGCGAUGUGUUCUUUUCCGUACGGUACCUAAUCUCGUGGAAAUAUAUAUAUAUAUAUAUAUGAAUUUUAUAAUUAUACACGAAAUAUGUGUUAUCUAUAAUUAUUACAAUUUUUAAUACAAUAUUUUUAGUGAAAUAUACUAGUGUAGUUUACUCGUUCGGUAAAGUAUACUUGUAUAGUUUGCUUUCAUGCUGUGUAUAUUAAUUAAUUAUUGUAUUAAUUAUACAUAAUGAUAUAAUGAUAUAAUUAUAUAUAUCAAAUAUAUAAUAUAUAUAAUUAUAUACAUACACAUCCGGUACUGUGUCGUUCGUCAACAAGUGUCCUCGAUAUCGGCAGAAUAGAGCGGAACAUUGUUAACGAGAACGAAAUAAAGCUCCAGCUUGGGCUCUGUUUUCUCUGACGCGAAA